GGCUUUUCUCGACAACAUGACACCAUUUCAGCUGAAUAAUGGGAACACCAUACCCGUGAUUGGAUAAUGAAGACCAUGGAGGAACUAAGACCCGUUGUAAGAGAAGCGAUUCGCUCUGGAUAUCGACUUAUUGAUUCUGCCACUGUUUAUAGAAACGAAGACGUUUUAGGAGAGAUUCUAGGAGAGAUUUUUGCAGAUCCAUCUUUUGGCGUUAAGCGCGAGGAUCUUUUUAUUACGUCUAAAUUAUCCCCUCAAGACCAAGGCUUUGACUCUUGUUAUAAAGCUGUCAACGAUUCCUUAACAAGAUUUAAACUGGAUUAUCUCGAUCUAUAUCUAAUUCAUUGGCCUGGUACCUCCAAAAAGAAGUUGAACGAUCCCAUCAACAGAGAAAACCGUACGGGUAGUUACAAGGCCUUGGAACAACUUUACAAGGAAGGCAAAUUGAAAAAUAUUGGUGUAUCCAAUUAUACACCGGAACACCUAGAGCAUUUGCUCGAGGUCUGUACUGUGGUUCCUCAAGUACAUCAAUUUGAAUUACAUCCUUGUCUUUAUCAGCCCAAGGUACUUCAUAUCUGUCAACAACAUCAGAUUCAAGUGCAAGCCUACUCUAGUUUAGGUGAAGGUAACUUGAUCAAUGGAGAGGUCGAGAUUCCUGGUUUGCAAAAGAUCGCAGACAGGUUGGGAGUAUCCUCUGCAUUAGUACUUUUACAUUGGGCUAUUCAACACGGAUGGGCCAUCAUACCUAAAUCAAAAACUACAGCCAGAAUUAAAGAAAACGCAAAAGCGGAUUCUUUUGAGCUUUCGCAACAGGAUAUGGAACUGUUGGAUAAUGUCUAUCAAACAGAGCCUCAUCGCUUUUGUUGGGACCCGACAGAGAUUAAUUAGAUUAAAAAUAAAAAUAAAAAAUUGUAGCGUACUGUCUGGCUACAAAGAAAAAGAUUAC